AUGAACAGAAAAUACGUCGACCCCAGAUUAGCAGCGAAAACAUGGCGGCCUAAAUCUGGGUCAAUGUCGCCAGGCCUAAAACGUGCUCGAGCACCAUUCCUUGUUCGUAACACACUCACCGGUGUCCUUCUCGGAGCAUUCGCUGUGGGCGUAUACACUUACUCCAUCCGUGCCGUGCGUCAAGAUGACUUUGCCGACAUCGAUGACGAGACGAAUGCUCAGCGGGAAAAGGAACGAUUAGCCCAACUAGAGAAAAUGAGGCGAGAGAGUGCAACAGUGUUGACAGUUGGAGAAGAGAAGGACGUUAUGGAAAGGGCUGCGAAAGCUGUUGCGAGGGAGAUAAAUGGUGCAAGUUUGGAUGCAUCGGUUGAUGAGACUUCGAGCUCAAGAGCAUCGCAGCCGCAGAGCUCGCCUGUGCUUACGGAAGUGGCUACCCAAAGGUCGAGAAGAGGUGUAUUAGUCGGAUUACUAGACAAGACACUUCCCGGAGCGCUGGAUCCAACAAAGAAAACAUUAGUCUGGGGUGCACCAGACGUCGAUAAUAUAGGCAGAGUGUCAUCUAGGAAUUAA